AGAUUCGCGGACCAUCAAUUGGAUUAUCGUGAACGGAAACAGGCCCUCUCGAAUCUAAUCCAGACCUACCUCGCAACCUUCGCAGAUAUCGGGGUGGAGACAUGGCUCAUGCACGGCACGCUUCUAGGCUGGUGGUGGAAUCGCAAGAUCUUGCCAUGGGAUUCCGAUUCCGAUGUGCAAGUAACCGAGGCUUCGAUGCAUUUCCUCGCAACGUACUACAACAUGACCGUGUUCCACUAUAAGACGCCUCGGAUUCCGGAAGGGAGGGAUUACAUGCUGGAGGUGAACCCGCACUAUGUCAACCGGGAGCAAACGGAUACUUUGAAUGUGAUUGAUGCGCGGUGGGUUGAUACGACCAGUGGGCUGUUCAUCGAUAUCACAACUGCAAGAUACAACGAGUCCCAUCCGGCCGGAAAGGAUAUGUUGAGCUGCAAGGAUGGUCAUGAGUACAGAGAUACAUACAUCUUCCCCUUGAGGGACACCUUUUUCGAGGGCACUCCUGCGAAGAUCCCAUUCGCAUACAAGGAGGUUCUGGAGGCGGAGUACAAGCCGAAGGCUCUGACCUUGACCGAUUAUGAAGGCCACCACUUUGAUGAAGAAAAGCUCGAGUGGGUUCCAGUGUCAAAGAAUUCACCGUCCACGCCCAGAUCUGGUAAGGCCCAACCAGCCAAGUCUACUCGAGCCCCUAAAGUUAAUUGUCUCUUGUAG